AUGCCUUCCGAACAAACCUUCCAGCGCCAUGAGAUCCAAUCAGCUCGCAAUGCUGUAGCUGAAACCAUUCUAGACAGACACAGUACUCGCGCAUUCUGUACCGGUCAAGAAGUUCCGAUGUCUAUCAUUGAGGAUUGCUUCAGCGUCGCCCAGCAUGCCCCAUCUUCGACGAACAUCCAGCCUUGGAGAGUGACCGUCGCAUCUGGUGAGCCACUGAAGCACUUGUCUGCUGCGCUCGUUACGGCAUUUGAAAAUAAAGAAGAACUCAAGAUUGAUGCCAUUCCCGAGACAUAUAAUCACUAUCGCUCGGAGCUGGGCCAUCACGUCUAUGGACCAAAUGGGUACAACAUUGCCCGCGGAGAUACAGAGGCGAUGACCAAAACUCUCAUCGACAACUUUAAUUUCUACAACGCGCCAGUAGUCGCAGUUAUCUCCAUCGACAAGGCCCUGAACAAAGGCGAUGUUCUGUCAGUGGGCAUUUAUCUGCAGACACUUCUUUUGCUGUUGACGGAGAAGGGAUUGGGCACGCAAGUAUCUGCUGCGCCAACUGGAUACCCGGACAUCAUCAGGAGGGAGCUGGGUAUUGAUGAGAACUUGGAUAUUCUUUGCACUGUUGGAAUUGGAUUUGAGAAUAAGUCGCAGCAUAUCAAUUCGCUGAAGAUGCCAAGGGAUGACUGGAAGCAGAGUGUCAGAUUUGUGAUUGACUAG